AUGUCUGCGAGAGAGAAGGGAAUCCUGACCAAAGACAGCGUCAGCCUGCUGCCCUGCUUCUAUUUCGUGGAGCUGCCGAUCCUGGUGUCGUCUGUGGUCAGUCUGUACUUCCUGGAGUGGACGGAUGUGUUCAAGCCAGUCAAGUCUGGCUUCAACUGCCACGACCGCAGCCUGAGCCUGCCCUACAUCGACCCAAACCACGAAGUCAUUCCCUUGCUCAUGCUUCUUAGCCUGGCCUUCGCUGGACCUGCCAUCACAAUCAUGAUCGGAGAGGCCAUCCUGUUCUGCUGUCUGUCUCGGAGGAAGAACGGCGCCGGAGCCGAGGCCAACAUCAACGCUGCCGGCUGCAACUUCAACUCCUUCAUACGCAGAGCUGUCCGCUUCGUUGGUGUUCAUGCCUUCGGUCUUUGUGCCACAGCUCUGAUCACCGACAUCCUCCAGCUGAUGACGGGCUACCCGGCACCUUACUUCCUCACUGUGUGCAAACCCAACUACACGACGCUCAACGUCAGCUGUGAGCAGAACCCCUACAUCAUGGAGGACAUCUGCUCCGGAGCCGACCCUGCAGCCAUCAACCAGGGCAGAAAAUCUUUCCCAUCGCAGCACGCAACUCUCGCAUCCUUUGCUGCUGUUUAUGUUUCGAUGUACUUCAACAGCACUCUGACGGACUCAUCUAAGCUACUGAAGCCCCUGCUGGUCUUCUCCUUUAUUAUCAGUGCCAUAAUUUGUGGUUUGACCAGGAUUAUUCAGUACAAAAACCACGCCGCUGACGUCUACUUGGGCUUCCUGCUUGGAGGAGCGAUUGCUGUCUACCUGGGAUUGUAUGCAGUUGGAAAUUUUCAGUCUAGUGAGGAGCCAAGCAGCAGUCCACCUCCACUUGUACACCGCCCCCCUUGCUCGUUGCCCCAUAUAAGCCAGGAGGCUGUACUCCACCACCUGCAAAUGAAAGCCAGUAUGUCUGCGGAGUCUGCCAUACCCACCUCCCACUCCGAGGGCCUGCUGCACCGAGGCCUUCAGCAGCAGAGGCCUGAUGACAGCCUGAAACGAUCCAGCGCAGAUGUGGAAGUGAUUUCCCCCCGCAGCCCCCAGAGCAAAGAUGCAUUUGUGACCUUUAGCCACACCCUUCCCCGGGUCCACACCCCCCAGGCCAUGGCGGCGUAUGAAGAAGCAGCCAGACGCCAUGCUGCCACCCUCCACCAUGCCUCAAUGGACUCUAGCCGCUCAAAGCAGCUUCUCUCUCAGUGGAAGAGUAAGAACAACAACCACAAGUGCUCCCUGCAGGUCCCAGACUCCUUCUCCUCAUCUGUCGACUCGUCAUCCGGUCAGUCCUCCCAACAUCCACACCACCACGGCAGCAUGGAGCUUCGAUCCAGCUCUGAGCCACUGGCCAUGGGCUUGAAUGGGGGUUUUGAUGCCCAUGCGUACAUGUCCAAACUGGCCACAGGUGCUAGUACCACCCUGCCCAGUAACUGCAGUGGUAUUACUGGAGGGGCCCGGAUAUCCAUGCAAUCUCGACCUGGUUCUUCACAGCUUGUUCACAUACCAGAGGAAGCGCAUGAGAAUUACAACACCAUGCCCCAGAGGACGGUGGUUCAGGCUAACUGGCAAAGGGCAGCAGAGAAAAGUGUAGCUUGUAGGACUAAUGAAAAUGGGCAGAACACCCAGCCACGAAUCCUGCAAGUGAUUGCUAUGUCCAAGCAACAGGGGCUACUACAGACCCAUUCUAAGAGCUUAGAUGAGAGCAGCAUCGGCUGCAGCACCACCGGGAGUUGCCAGGCCUCUGCACGCUACAGGACACUAACUGAUCACGACCCCAACACAAUUGUUAGAGUCGAGGCCCACCCUGAGAACAACAGACCAGUAAUCCAAGCUCCGUCUACAGAUGGAAGUGGAUCAUGGAGGUGGAGGUCCCUUGAUCACGGCACUGGAGGCGGUGGAAGUUUGAGGCAGUCGUUUGACCUCAAUGAUCUAAACAGAGAUUCAGAAAGUUCAGAUUCAAUACGCGAAGGUUCGAUUGACAGGAAGCGUGCCAAUCACUCAGAGCAAAGGCUCCACCCACAGGGGCUCUCCACCAUAAGGGUCACUCCAGGCGAUGGGAGCGAGACUGCUUCAGAAACCCCAUCCGUCGCCUCCAGCCGUGAGUCCACACUGCGAAGAAAAGGCAAUAAUAUUAUCUUGAUUCCCGAGAGAGCCAACAGCCCCGAUAACACUCGGAACAUUUUCUACAAGGGAACGUCCAUUACUCCUGUUUUCAAGGACUAA